AUGUCAAAUGAAAAAAAUUUACCAAGCAUUUGCAAUAAUUCAUUUACAGAAUUAUUAAUAAAAAACACUAUUAAUAGCGAUAACGAUCAAGUUAUUAAUAUUUCAAAACGAGCAGAUUUACCAUUGCAUAAUUCACAGGAUCUUUUAAAUAGUGUUAUCAAAGAAUUAUGUGACCUGUAUAAUAAAGAAGUUGUUAAAGGGAAUCCUAUAAGCUCAAUUAUUUACUCAAUAGAUCAACAUUUUGCAAAUGAUCGGCAAAAACCAGAAGAAAUAAUCAAAUUAUGUUUAAAUAAUCAAAUAACUCCUAUU